GUGUUAUCGCUACCAGAAACGUUUGUUUCGGUCAUCUGUUCAGUGAAAUCUGAAAAACAUUGGAACCAAAUUGAUCGUUACUGCCAGGAGGAAACUGCUGAAUAUAAAUAAGAUUUCAAUUGUUAUGGAGAGGCAAGGUGAAAAACAAUCAACAAGUCAACAAGCUAAAGCAAAACUUCAUGUUGGAAAUUCGAUAUCGAAAAAUAUCCCAAAUGCUCAAAGAGAAACAGGGCUUGAUAAAGAAGGAAUUGAUGAGGAGGAAAUUUCAUGGGAUGUAUUAACCACAACAAAGCAACUAUGCAACCUAUCUGAUUCCAUACAGGGAUAUUUUUCUGAAGAGCUGUCUAAGUUAGACAGCAAUGUUGAACAUUACACUGGAAAUGAAACUGAAUCUAAUUAUUCCAGCGUGCAUAAAACACUCAAAGCUGCUAAAAAUAGCCUACCAUAUGAUAUUGAUGACGUCUUCUCCCAAUGGGGGCUGAUAAAUGUGAAGAAAGCAUGUCAAAGACCAGUUGAUGAAGAACAAGUAAAGCCUUCUCAAUCGAAUCUAGAGGAGAGUUAUUCUUCAAUUUGUGAUAGAACAUUUAAUUUGGAUAUCGGCAAUUUCGCAGAUGAUGAUGAUGAGGAAGAUGAGAAAUACGCUUCUCGGAAGUGUUUAUCAAGGAAGGCUAUCUGUCCAUCAGAAAAUUCACAAAGUUUUCAAUUAAUUCCUGAGAAUCAGACGCUGGAUGAUGACUGCCACUUGAUGCCAAGUAAACCGAAGUUUUAUGAUGAUAAAUAUAAGGCUCGAAGGAGAAGAAGAAAACAGGUGGGGCACCGAAACCUUGGUGAUGACGCCUGCAGACCUUCAACAAGCCGUCUAUACUAUGGUCAACCCAUUCCUUCAACCAGCAGUGACGACGAAAACAAAGAAAAUAGGAGAAAUGUCUCUGAAAAAUGCUUUGCUAUUGAUUUCCUUGUUCAAGUCAACACAAGAAAUGAAGCUAUGCGCUUAAAAUGUAGUUUUCCAAUCGGGUUUGAGUUUAUCAAUUCAGGAUUGAUAACACUUCAUUUCAAUUGGUCUAUUCAAAUGACAAGUUCAGUGCCUGACGAAAAUAAUAAUAAUAAUAACAAUAGUAAUGAAGGCUGUAAUGAACAUUGGGACAGUUCAUUGAUUCCAUUCACAGUUGAUCCGGUUCACGGUAGUAUACUACCCGGAAAAUCACAAUUUAUUCAGGUAAAAAGUAAUGAGUAA